ACUCUUCUAUAUAUUGCAAUAAAUAAAGAAUUUAAAUAUGAGCAAUAUGCAUUACAUGACUAUGAAGUUAUCCAUGGUCAUGUUGUCGAUGCUUCUUGUUGUGAUCAUGUUCGAACCUUCCAAAGCCAUUGAUGUUGUGCAAUUACGAAAGAUUGCUGCGAAGAAUAAUGUGACUGGUGUGUUUGUUUUCGGUGAUUCAAGUGUGGAUCCCGGAAAUAACAACCAUCUUGAUACAACUGAUAAGAGUAAUUUUCGGCCAUAUGGGAUGGACUUCAUUGAUGGGCACCCUACUGGGAGGUUCAGUAAUGGAAGACUUACAACUGAUUUCAUAGCUGAGGCACUGGGUUAUACGAAAGUUAUCCGGCCAUAUCUCGAGCCAGGAGUACCAAGAACUUUCGAUCUUUCGCAUGGAGUUAGUUUUGCUUCCGCUGGUUCCGGAUAUGAUAACCUCACUGCUCAAGUUUCGAAUGUGUUGACCUUGUGGCAUCAAUUGAAGUAUUUUGCACAUUACAAACGACAACUUAGCCUAAAGAUAGGACCAAAAAAAGCUGCUGAAUCCAUAAAAAAUGCGGUUUUUGUAUUGAGCAUGGGAACCAAUGAUUUUCUCCAAAACUACUACGUGGAACCUACACGAUGCGCCCAAUACACUGUGGAACAAUAUGGAGAUUACUUAAUUUCUAACUUUCACGAUUACGCCAAGAAAAUGCAUGCUCUAGGAGCAAGAAGAUUGGUGGUUGUUGGGGUUGUUCCAUUUGGAUGUAUGCCUUUAGUGAAGACAUUGAAGGGUACAACUAAAUGUGACGACGAAUACAACCAUGUUGCUCUUUCAUUCAAUAACAAGAUCAAGAACGAACUGGUUGCACUAAAAACAUCCUUAGGGAUGAAAACAGCCUAUAUUGAUGCUUAUAAUCUCAUUCUAAGUGCAACCCAAAACCCUAGAAAAUAUGGGUUUCUAGAGACGUCAAAGGGUUGUUGCGGAACAGGAACGUUUGAAUAUGGUAUUACUUGUAGAGGAUUGGGUGCAUGUGUUGACCGAGAAAGAUAUUUAUUCUGGGAUGCAGUUCAUCCAACUGAUAGGAUGUAUAAGAUUAUUGCAGAUGAGGCUUUAAGUUCUAUAGUUACCAAACUUUUUAAUUGAUUCUUAAACACAUAUUAUAUGUUAUGAUAUAAAACUAUUAUUAAUCUUUUGUGUGAGUAUGCAUAUAUAUGUACCUUGAUACAAUAAUCUCGCU